AUGUUCAGUGUCCCUGAUGUUGGAGACUUCAAUACUCAGAUCCUCCACGAUUGGUCCUCUUCGUCAACUAGUGAUGAUGUAUUCAAGGAUCUUCAGGCCUCUACUUACACCGUCGAUGCUGGCACUGCUCCAUUUGCCCGUCGUUUCGAUAUCGUCAACAUCGGACAGGACACCAAGGAUCCGUCCAUCACCUUAACAGUCCCUGGAGGUCAGCAACAUGGCCCAGUCAGUUCAGCACAGAUAACCACAGGUUUUGCGGACAUCCUUUAUGGAUCCGUACGUACCGUGGCCAAGGUCAGCAAUGUUCCUGGUACCACUCAUGGCUUCUCGUUCUAUGCCAACGACACGCAAGAAGUUGACCUCGCCUUCUUGACCUCCGAUAUCUCGGUCAUUCACUUGACCAAUGAGCAACUCACUCCUGAUAGUGAACUAUCAUCCUAUCAAGUCGAUGCACCUUCUGAUGCUGCAACUGCAUGGCACGAGUACCGUGUUGACUGGCUUCCUGGUGUCACCAAUUUCUACAUCGACAGCGAGCUGGUUCACUCAAUCGACAAGAACGUUCCUACCACCCCCUCAUUCUUCCUUUGGAACAGUUGGUCAAACGGCAACUCCUGGGCCGCCGGCCCACCCGCGUCCAAUAGCGUGCUGAAAAUCCAGAGCGUGACCGCCUACUUCAAUCGUACCUCAGUC